GGUUUGGAUGGAAUAUGGAAGAAGCGUGAUUACAGGACCAAAUCAGUCAACUUAGAACAAUGGCUAAGAGCGAGAUGGAGUUAAAUCAACUUUCCGAAAUUGCCAAUAAAGCUACAGAUGCUGCAGCAGUAGUAGUCCGCAAAUACUACUCCAACGCCGCAAGAUUCCAGUUCAGAGAAAAAGACGGCGACGGACCAGUCACCUGUGCUGACGUGGAAGCCGAACAGGCCGUAGUCUCCGUGAUUCUAGAAGCUUUUCCUUCCCAUUCGAUUUAUCGUGAAGAAACCGGUUGGCACAAUCGCGAUAAUGCUCUUCUCCCUAAUCAAUUCAUAUGGGUUUCGGACCCAAUUGAUGGGACUUCGAGUUUCGUGGGUAAAGACAACUGUGCUUUCGGAAUUCUCAUCGCUUUGGUUUACAAUGGAAAGCCAAUUAACGGUUGCAUCGAUCAGCCAAUUUUGAAACUCAGGUGGAUUGGGAUUAAGGGGAAAGGAACGACGAUCAAUGGCCAAAAAGUUUCUACACUCGAUUGUUGUGAUUUGGAUAAAGCUAGGGUUCAUUUGAAGGUUCCAAAUUACAACGACGAUGCAAAGAGAGCAUAUGAUUGUCUUUCGAACAAGGUGGGUAAGAGGUUAUUCAAUGGGAAUUGUAUCGUUUUUGGUGAAUUGGCUUCGGGUUUUGUUGAUGUUGUGGUUGAUUGUGCUCUUGAUCCGUACGAUUUUCUCGCGCUUGUUCCGGUGGUUGAGGGCGCCGGCGGCAUUGUUACUGAUUGGGAAGGGCGUGAGCUUCUCUGGGAUGCUUCAACCCGGUGCCGGAAGGUGGGUUUAAGAUUGUGGCUACUGUUGGAAAAACCAUACAUCAACGUGUUAUUUCAUAUAGUUUAUGCAAUUUUGUAAAGAAUCAGGGUUAGCUACUAUAUUUGGAUUAUUUCACUUGAUCUAAUUGAUAACCUCAACCUGUAAUGAAUUAGUUUUUGCAAUUUUAUUUCGCCUAUGUUUAUGUGACUUUGGA